AUGUCGGGGGACCAAAGCAGGAGGCGAGUUGGCAUUGUGGGCUACGGACAUUUAGGUCAAUAUCUUGUGCAACGACUCCAGGAUGAGGGUCCUCGGCAUGGCUUGGAGCUGGCCUUUGUGUGGAACCGGGAUGCCGACAAGUUGAAGGGGACGGUGCCGGCAGAGCUGCAGUUGGGGAAGCUGGCCGAUUUCUUGGAGCGCUGUGCUGACAUCAUUAUCGAAGUGGCUCAUCCCUGCAUUGCCCAGACCCAUGGGGAGUCCUUUCUCAAAGCUGCAGAUUUCAUGGUGGGGUCUCCAACAGCCUUGGCGGAUUCAAAGACAGAGCAGAAAUUGCGGGAAGUCGCACAGCGAUCUGGACACACCCUCUAUAUCCCCAGCGGAGCCCUGUGGGGUGGGCAAGACAUCCAGAGGAUGGACGAAGGAGGGCUGCUUCAAGCAUUGACGGUCACCAUGGCGAAGCACCCUAACAGCUUCCGCCUGGGCGGGCACCUAGGGGAGCUGGCACAGCGUGCCUGGCAGGGGCGCGCGGUGUUGUACGACGGCCCUGUGCGAGGACUGUGUCCCCUAGCCCCGAACAACGUCAACACCAUGGCAGCUGCCUGUCUGGCUGCCCCCAGUCUGGGCUUUGAUGGAGUGAAAGGGUGCCUCAUAGCUGACCCCAACCUUCCUGACUACCACGUGGUGGAAGUGGAGGCAACCGGACCCGGUGGGUUCUCUGUCCGCACCAGGCGCAAGAACCCAGCUGCCUGCGGGGCCGUCACGGGGGCAGCCACCUUUGCUGCUUUCUGGAGCAGCCUGUUGGUAUGUCAAGGCCACGGAGGCCGAGUCUAUCUCUGCUGA